UAUUUAAAGAACCGAGACAUGACACAAAUCUCCAAAAGAAGAACCUCCAGUGCCAGAUCAGAAUAAUGCAACGCAGACAUCAUAUUUAAGAUGACGAGUCUGGCAUGGAGCAGCUUUUCCUCUAGUCCUCAGCAUUUCAGUAUAUUCUGUAAUUAUUCUUGAGUGACAUUGUCAACUACCUCAAACUAAAGAAAUGGCCACUGCUAGACAUCCGUCUUCAUGCUUCGUUCUGCGGAUUCUCCUUCUUGUUGUUUAUUUCAAUCUUUCACUUCCUUACGUGCUGAAAAAAUGCACAAUACGUUACCAGGAGAAUCCCUCCGCUGAUAUGGCUUUGGACUGUGCAAACAGGAAAAUCGAAAAAAUCCCCAAAGACAUCCCCACAGAUGCAGUUUCACUGAACCUGAACAACAACUGGAUGCAGAAAAUUAAUGAAGGAGAUUUUUCUGGCAUGUCAAAGUUGAGAACUCUGGAUUUAACAUCAAAUCAAAUUGCUCAUGUUGAUCAAGGGUCUUUUAUUGAUCUGAUGUUUCUACAAACUCUCUGCAUGGGAAAUAACAAACUUAAUGUCCUGACAAGCAACAUGUUUCAGGGUCUGCACAACCUUACUGUUCUUUUUCUCAACAACAACGGUAUUCAGGUCAUUCAUACAAGAGCUUUCCAGUUCCUCACUAGCUUACAAACUCUAGAUUUAGGAAACAACAGGCUUCGACAGAUCACCGACAUUCAGCCUGUCCUACAGUUACCUCAAAUCACGAUGCUUGGACUUAAAUGCAAUGGGUUUUCUUCCUUUGAGACCAAAGACCUGCUGCUGAAUCAGCCGUCAAAUCUUAAAGAGUUGGAUAUUUCCGGUGAUUCCCUGACAAUUUUCAGCAUCUCUACACCCGUCUUUCCUUACCUCCAGAAAAUAGAGAUCUCCAUGUGUUUUUGUUAUAAAGACCUGCAAUGGGAAAUCCCUGACAAAGAGUUACUGAGGAACAUAUCGUUUUUAUAUCUCGGGAGGUCUAUUCUUUCUUUCGAAGGGAUCACAAAAGUCCUGCAGAGUCUUGACUCUUUAAGCCAUCUAAGACUAGAAGCCCUGAAGAUGCAUCUUUACGAAGGACUAUUAUCUACAAUUUGCAAAAUACCAACACUGAGGAGGCUGGAUUUGUUUAACAGUCAUAUAAACAAUUUGCCUAUUAAACUUGAAGUCUGUUCUCAACUCACAGAGCUUGACAUGAGAAAAAGUGAUGUAGACGAACUGCCUGAAGGGUCACUGGGGUCAAUGAAGCAUCUCCGAUCGCUAAACGUUUGUGACAAUCAGCUAACCCAAGUUCCACAUGAUGCGAGAAGUUUCAGCUCCCUUGAGAUCUUUAAUCUGAAUUACAAUUACAUAUUAGAGUUGACCUGUGAGGACUUUGUGAACACAACACAACUGAGAGAGCUUUACCUGAAGAGAAAUCGCAUUAGCCAAGUGGAUUACUGUGUUUUUCUAAACCUUGAAAACCUAAAGCUUUUGGAUCUGAGUUCUAAUCAACUGAUGACAUUUGAAAACAACAUUUUUUUGCCAAAGCUUGAAAUUUUAAACAUAAACCACAAUGAAAUAGCUUUCCUAAAGAUGCCUGAUUUUCUUGGUUUCCAAUCCCUGAAACAGUUGGAUCUAGGAACAGCUUUCUUUGAUGGGAUGACACAAAGAUCAUUUCAUAAAGUCAAUAAACUGGACAAUAUUAUUUCAUCUCGAGACAAAAUAUGGAAAUUAAAGCUCUUGGAAAAUCUAACAAUAGAAUUGAACCCUCAAAACCUUCUCAGCAGUCUUCAAACAAACUCUUCUAGAGAUAUCAUGGUCUUUAAAUCAAUGAAAAGAUACACAGUAAUCUGCAACAUUUAUUGCUUUCCACAUCAAUUAGCAGAUAUACUCUCGUCUAUGAGAUAUUUGGAGAAUUUUACAGCUGUCAAAAUCUUUAUUGGAGCUCCUCCUUUAGGCAUGUUUUGGUCCAAUCCCUAUCUCAAGAGUGUGACAUUCACAGAGACUGAUUUUUCAGACGUGGGUCCAGAACUCUUCCUUCAGAUCCCAAACCUGCACAGUCUUGAGCUUUCCAAAUGCAACAUCAGCUCUUUGGAUUUUCUGGUGAAGGCCAACCUUUCAGCACUCAGAUACCUGAAACUGACCGACAAUGAACUUGAUAUGAUUAAUGACACUGUGUUCAAGUCUUUCCCUUCUCUAACGUACUUGGACCUGGACAACAACCCCUUCACCUGUAACUGCUCAAAUGCAGGCUUUAUCCAAUGGGUGAAGGACAACAAGAAGACACAGGUGAUAAAUGCUCAUCAAUAUAAAUGUUCCACACCUGUGGAUAGACGAGAAAGUUUGUUACUGGAAUUUGACGUUCAUUUGUGCUGGGAUGAUGGCAGAUUUUUCUACUUCAUUUCCAGCUCUUGUCUGGUUGUUCUGACUCUUCUCACAUCGUUCAUCUAUAACUUCCUGUGGUGGCAUCUCACCUACACCCUCCACCUCUUCCUAGCCUAUUUCUAUGACAAUCAGAGAAGGAGAAAGGAAGUCCUUCAUCGGUUUGACGCCUUUGUGUCCUAUAACGUCCAUGAUGAGGGCUGGGUUUACAGGGAAAUGCUCCCAGUGUUGGAGGGACAGCAGGGCUGGAGACUCUGUCUGCACCACAGAGACUUCCAACCAGGUAAACCGAUCAUAGAGAACAUCACUGAUGCCAUCUAUGGCAGCAGGAAAACCAUCUGUGUGAUCAGCCGCAGCUACCUGCAGAGCGAGUGGUGCUCCAGGGAGAUCCAGAUGGCCAGCUUUCGCCUGUUUGAUGAGAAGAAGGAUGUGUUGGUCCUGCUGUUUUUAGAAAACAUUCCUUCUCGUCAUCUGUCUCCAUAUUACCGCAUGAGGAAGCUGGUGAAGAAACACACCUACCUGAGCUGGCCUCAGGCUGCACAACAUCCAGAAGUUUUCUGGCAGAACGUCCAGAGAGCUCUGCAGACAAGGGGCGCUGUCACUGAAAACGCGGACCCGCUGACCUGAGAAAAUGUAAAGAAUUGUGAGAUCACAGUUGAAAUUAACCAUUCAUUAACUCUAUUUCAAGAUGUUAAAGGGUGGACCUAGCUCCGCCCUCAGGGUGCAGCUCCUCCUUGGAGCUUCUCGCGACUCUCCCACUUGGCUCCUUCAUACUUCUUUUUGUUAAUUCACUAAUUAGUGCACACAGAACAAACAUUGGUGUGUGCAAAAUAACUGGAUAAGAGAACGAAUAACAGCAACAAAAAUAAACAAAACAAAAAGGACUUAUGCAUUAAGAUGGAUACAGCUCCUUCAGACUAGCCAGCAGCUUUCUGACUGGUCUAAUGGAGAAACAGUAUCGCUGAUGGUUUGGCAUAAAUGUAAAUAAAUGUCCAACCCACAAGACUAUCCUUCAAACACACAUUCAUGCAACUCCAAUAGCAUUACUUAGUUAAGAAAAAACUUGCGAAACAAAGUUGUUAGAUUUGCAAAUAAAGGUUUUUCUUCAUGUGUGAUUAUGAAGCAUAACUUUGCACUGCCAUCGUGAAAAACCUGCAGGCGCUGUCUUCCAAUGUGCAACAAGUUGCUGCUCAUUAAGCAGCAUACUGUAGUUCAGUUUUUUCAGAUGCAAAGAGUAGUUGAGUUUUGCCGUCAGAGGAACUGAAAGCUGUUACUUGUCGCCUCUUUUAUGACUCAGUUUCUUGCAGACAGAAUUAGACUGCGAUGCAUCUGUGCAAACUGGAGGUCACACAUCUCAUCAGCUUUCUGCGAUGUUCCGCUUUCUGAUUGGGAGGAGGAUUUCUACUGAAGUUAAACCCAUUAAAUUUAAAAGACAAAAACAGCUCAGAUUCAACCUGCCGAUACACAUGGAAAAAAUGGCAGUUUUUUUUCUCAUGCAAACACUGUAAAUCUUUGAAACUUUAGAGCACUAUUGUGUUGACAUGUGAAAGAACAACAUAUAAUGCAACUCUAAGCAAAAUUUUUAAAUUGUUUUAUUUUCUGUGCCAUCUGUUCAGUUAUAUCUAGUGUUUUUUUCAAUGUCUUGUUCUCAUUAUGUAAUUUUAGCCUUUGUCUUAUUUUACUAUUUUAUACGAAAGAGG